AUGGCACUGGCAAUGCUUCCUGGCUGGUGCAGGUGGAUGGGCGUGGAUGAGCAGCGCUCGCCGCUCAUCCUGGGCAUUCCCCACGACUGUGAGGACCAGGAAUUCCAGGAGGCCGCGCAGGCUGCCCUCCAGCCCCUGGGAAGAUAACGAGUGCUGGACAAGGUAUUCAAAAAGGAGUUCAGAUCCAAGGUCGCCUUGGUGGAGAUGGCUCAGUAUUUAAACCGAAAUGUGAUCCCCCGACAAAUACCAGGCAUGGGAGGACCCUGGACUGUGGUCUUUCUGCCCCAGGCCCCGGAAUCAGAGUCAGAGGAUACACUCAAUUUCCUUGCACAGACCCAGAGGCAAGCAGGGGUUGCCCUGGCAGGCGAGGCAGGAGCUGGGGAUGGGGCAGGAGCUGGAGGCAAGGAAGGGGCUGGAGGCGGGGCAGCAGCUGGAGGCGGGGCAGGAGCUGGAGGCGGGGCAGCAGCUGGAGGCGGGGCA